UUUAAUUGUGAUUUUACAGUUCAUUAAAACGGUUUACAGUAAAUUAUUCAGUUUAGAGGAAACGGGUAUUUAAAUUUUUUUUCUUUCUAAAAGUUAUUUUUUUUCCUUAUUCAUGCAGUAAGUGUAUCUGUCCAAUAAAGGGUGCGGUUGAUUAAACUGAACACUCGUCAGCGUCGUGAGAAUGAGUCACGGAGCCUCACCUGGACCAGCUGUGGCAGGAACACCUGGAUCGGGUUUCAGGCUCGCACAGCGCAUGAGUGGGCUGGACUUCGAGCCGAGCUCUCUGCAGUCUGCGCAGCUCUGACUUGAAUGUCUGCAGCCGCAGUCGCAGCAGAGAGUCUCCGGCUGCAGUCAGGAAGGGCCGAGGCUUUGGAGCGGAGCUCAGGUUUCCUCAGGAGUUGGAAACAAAAGAGCAGGAAGCUUUUCUGAGGAGUGGAGCCGAGCUGCCGCCCAACCAUGAGCUCCCAGGGAAGCUUCGGCGCCAACUUCCUGUUCCAGAGCAUAAACGAUGACCUGAACGCCUCGCUGGCCACAGCAGAUGAGCUAUCCAAGGAAUUUAGCUCCCUGCUGAAGGAGGCCUCCUCUUCCUCCUCUUCCUCGUCCUCCAACAACAUCAAAAACACCACUGCCCCUCAGUCCAGCUCUACGAUCUCCAAAGAGCCUCUUCAACCGUCCGGGACUUCCAGCUUCUCCAACACUUCCAGAUCCUCCGGAAGCGGCACCAAUGGGAGCUCCAUCUCCAGCUCCAUCUCCGGCUCCAUGUCCUCCUCAAGUCUGCCAUACUUCCACAGCACCGACUCCAGCUCCAUCCCCAGCUCCAUGUCCUCCUCAAGUCUGCCAUACUUCCACGGCACCGACUCCAGUAAAUCCAGCAGCAGCAGCAGGAACGUCCCGCCCUCCCAGGCGUUGUCCCAAAGCCCUCACUCUUCCCCGAAGUCGCAAAAGCGAGGAAGCCCUCCGAUCCACAGGUUCGGAUCUGACAGCUACCUGUACAACCCCCAGAGCGCCAACCCGCCGCCUCCGGCCGCCCAGCCGCCCAGUUCUCCCUCCUUUUACGACAGAAACCCGCCAACGUUUGUCGGUUACAGUGAGAGGGCUCCGCCCCCCAACGUCAGAACCGGUUCUAUGGACAGAAUCCCGUACCCGUCCCAGAACCCCUCCAGCCUGCUGAACCCUUACGACGGCGGCACCGGCCACAUUGGACGCAGGUCGCCUCGAACCGACAAACCUUCUCCUCUGUCCUUCAGUCCUCCAGCGAUCAGCACUCUUCCUCGCAACUUUACUCCUUUCAGGCAGUCUGACGAUCUUGCGCAACGGAAAAAGAACCCUGGCAAGUGGAGUGAGACAGAUCUGGACAUGUCGUUCGACAGAAAGCCCCACCACACCUAUGACAAGACCGAGUGGCUGCGGCCCGCUGUGCCCAAAGGCAACUGGCGGGAAUCCAACCUGGAUGGCCCUCCUCCAUCUUUGAUCCCCAAACAGCCCCAGCAGAUGUCUUACGGUUCCCUCAACCGCCCCACUCGGAGAUCGGUUCCUCCGGAUGUUCCCUCCUCCGCCCAACCUCCUUUCAUGGCCCAGCCCAUCUCCUCCCGCAUUUCCAUCCCCCCAAAUACCACUUUGUCCCGACAGAACAAGCCCAUCCCGCUCUCCGUCAUCUUGCGCCUCCAAAAUCCGCGCUGGGGGGCAAUGAGAGUCCGUCACCCUCGAGCCGGGGGAGGAGAGGGAGAGAGGGGGGGCCACCAGUCGGCUCCGCCCCCUCAGAGGGAGUACGUCCGUCAACCUCCUGUCCAGGUGGAGCAGCAGGCGCCGCCCGCUGCGUACAGUGAUGUGCUGAAUUCUGGGGAUGUGGAUGCAGAACUGGAGCGCCUGGAAUAUCCUGGUAACCCGGAGACCCCCUCCAUCCCGGGAGACGGGGGGGAGGUCGGCCUCCCGGUGCCUCCUGUCCCCCGGCCCCUCAGCCCCACCAGGCUGCAGCCGGUGGUGGCCCCGGAGACCCAGGAGGACGAGAUCCCCGACCGGGAGGAGCUGCUCCGCAUCAGGGCGGAGAUUCCCCGGGCGCUGAAGAGGCGGGGGGCCGUGGAGCUGUCCGAGCCCCCGCCGCAGAUCCCCUCUAACCAGCCCAACCAGUACAAGAACCUCAUCGACAAGCUCUUCCGCAAGAGGGGCCGCCGCCACAAGGGGGAGCAGAGCAGUGACGGCAGCAGCUCCUCGGAUGAUGAGGGCAGGGCUUCUGUGCCCACGCCCACACCCGCACCUGUGACCUCCACGCUGGGUCCACAGGAGGCCAAGAAUUACCGUACUAUUCUGCGCCGGCCCGGUCGCAAAAGCUCCGGGAAGCGAGCUCGCCUCAGCCCGCUUGUCCUGCUGCUGGAUGGCGCGUUGGUGGGGGAGCUGGAGACGGUGCAGAAGGCCGUGCAGGAGAUGACGGAUCCCAGCCAGCCCAACGAUGAAGGCAUCACCGGGCUGCACAACUCCAUCUGCGGCGGCCAUUACAACGUGGUGGAAUUCCUGGUUCGCAUUGGAGCCAACGUCAGCGCGCCAGACAGUCACGGCUGGACUCCUCUGCACUGCGCCGCCUCCUGCAACGACCUCCAUCUGUGCGAGUUUCUGGUGAGGAGCGGAGCCGCCGUCAUGGCCGUGACGGAGCGCGACAACGCCACCGCCGCGCAGAAGUGCGACCCGUACACCGUGGGCUACGAGGAGUGCGAGAGCUUCCUGAGAGGGGUGGAGGAGGCCAUGGGGGUGGAGAACAGCGGCGUGCUGUACGCUCUGUGGAGCUACCCGGCUCAGGCAGCCGACGAGCUGAGCUUCAAGGAGGGAGACAUGGUGACCAUCCUGCACAAACCCGAGGGCUCCGACUGGUGGUGGGCCUCGCUGUGCGGCCGGGAGGGCUUCGUUCCCAACAACUACUUCGGGCUUUUCCCGAAGGUUCGGCCCAAAUCUCUCUGUUAGGAUGGUGGAAAAGUGAACUGAUGAACAGCUGCAAUGAUGGUUGGAUGGACUCUGAAUGUAAAACUGUUGCUGUAUAAAAAUCUGAGCGAAAGAAGAAAGUUUCAUGUUCAAGUGGCCUUUUUUUUUUUGGACUACGAUGCUUCGUUUCCCCCACCAGUCCUGGUUCUGAAGAGGAACGGCACCAGACCUGCAACUCUGAAUCUAUUUACAGAUCUUUCCUGACUGGUUUAUGUGUGAGUUGUGAUUGGUUUAUGACAGGUAAUGACUGGUUUAAGACUAGUUUGUGACUGGUUUAUGUUUGAUUUUUUUGACUGGUUUAUGUCUGGUUGGUGUCUAGUAAAUGACUGGUCUAUUUCGGGUUUGUGACUAGUUUAUGUCUGGUUCAUAACUGGUUUUAUGACUGGUUUAUGUCUAUUUUUUGACUGGUUUAUGACUGGUUUGUCUGAUUUGUGACUGGUUUAUGUCUAAUUUUUGACUGUUUAUUUGUGACUGUUUUAUGUCUUUUUUAUGACUAUUUUAUGACUGGUUUAUGUCUAAUUUUUUGACUGGUUUAUGUCUGUUUUGUGUCUGUUUUAUGACUGGUUUGUCUGUUUUUUGACUGGUUUAUGUCUGUUUUGUGUCUGUUUUAUGACUGGUUUGUCUGUUUUUUGACUGGUUAAUGUCUAGUUUUUGACCGUUUAUUUGUGACUGGUUUAUGUCUGUUUUUUGACUGUUUAUGUCUGUUUUCUGACUGUUUUUUGACUGGUUAAUGUCUAAUUUGUGACUGUUUAUGUCUGGUUUGUGACUAUUUCUUGACUUCACGCCUGGUUACUUGUAAAUAUACAUUCUCUGGAGCCGCCAACAAUUCCACAAUCCCUGCAGAGUCAAAGGGUCCACCCUGUCAUUAUGGGAGCGUUUCCUUUUUUGUAUUUUUGUGCACAGAUGUUUCCAGCAGAUGCUGGUUUUUCAUACUUUAGCUCAUGCUAAUCACAGCUAUAAGAGCCACACUAAAAUGCAUCAUCUGAAUUAUUUUUUACUUUAUUAACGUUAUGGUUAAAUGUGAUUUCACAGUUUUUGUUCUUCCUUUAGUGUUAUUUUUAGGAGACAGACUCGAGUGUUUCGCUUGUUUCUGCCAUACGUGGGCUUGGUUUGGUCAUCGCUCUGAGGAGGAAUUUUCUGUUACAGAAAUGAGUUUUUUGUUGGAUGUGUGUUUGUAAAGUGCUGAUGCUGGACGUGUUUUCCUCCUUUGUUGCUCUGAACUGCUGCACAUUAACCUUUUUUGAGGCUGUCACAGUGUUGAAAUCCUUAAUAAAUACUUGGAGAUUAAA